AUGAGCUCUUGGCUAGACGAUAUAGAUUUUGAUCCCGGGAGAUUCAUUGAUUCAGUCUUUGAUCCACCCUUCAAUUUCAAUUCCAACUCACCAAUACCCAAUGGAGGGACUAUAUCCAACUUUGAUCCAGGGCCAAGCCUCGAUUUCGGCGGACCCAUGCCCUUUGGGGAGACCUUAGGCUUACAAGGAUCCUCGCCAGGGUACUCUUCGUCCCUCUCGGAUAGUUCCUGCUUUGCUUCCCAAUCUAGUAAUACUCCGGAGGAAGCAAUGCUGCUCUCAACCUGCAAUGAGUACAUGCUUGCACAAGCCGAUGACUCAAUCGCGCAACAGGUUGAUGAAAUGUACGAGCUCGCACGAGGCAUUGAGGACUCCAGCCUCAUUACUUCGUACAAAGCGCACCCCAGCGAGUAUCUCACAACAGCCCCUCUAUCCCCCACCCGCGGUCCAGGACCCCAGGGGGAUUUUGCGGCUUUCGUGAUUACUCCUCCCAGCUUUACAUUUCCUAGUGUUCCUCUUGAUGAUUCUUCUUUUAGCAGUGAUGAUUUUAGCAACGUUUCAAUUGGUGGUAUAGGUGAUGAUGGAUCUUCUCCCGAGAGCCUCCCCCAACAACCUGCUCGGCCGGGUUAUCAGUGGUGCUGUGGUAAGGAACGCGAGGAAGGCCCUAAGUUGAAGUAA